AUAGAUUUAUGGAUUGAUCCUGAGUGAAGAAGAUAAUGAAAUCCAAUGGAAAGCAUAACAGGGAGCGAAUUGGCCGGUUUCGCAGUGGGGGCUCUCCUCGUUUGCGCCUCCAUUUCUGCCCCUAGAAUCGACGCUUUCAUCUCUUCUUCUCAGCGCAGAUCCUUGGGCAUGUGCAAGAGAUGUGGUGACCUGAGGAUGAUAGCAUGUUCAAAAUGUAAAGGAGUUGGAUCAAUCAAAUCAGGUGGACUGUUCGGCGUUAACAUUCUUGCUGAGUUUUACGAAUCAUUUGGCAAAGACGAGUCGAAUGCGCCUUCCAUCCCAUGCACGAGGUGCAAUGCCAAAGGUCGCUUCCAAUGUCCAGAUUGCUGCUCUCAAAUGACAUGAACUUGAUCAUUGUUCUUGGGCAUUUAGAAAUGAAACUUUUGAUCAUUUCAUUCUGAUGCUCCCUCCCAUGUAAUGAAAAUGUACCAAUUAUAGCUUCUUCUAUCAGAGUUUAACUCAUCAUUUUCUCUUC